CAAUUAUCAAUGACCAGGGACUGAAGUUUUCACGUUCACAUUCAACUUAAACCGUAAAUAAAGAACUUGGUCAUGGAGAUUUCAACAUGGUUUUUGAUGCUGGUAAUAUUUUGUCCUAUUGUGCAUUCGUCUUUCGACUCGGACAUGGAAAAAAUUUUACCAACAUGCACCAUCAUUGACAGAUACAUGGAGGAUAUGAGGUGUGUUGAUCCACAGAACAUGGAGGCAAAUGAAGACAGAAUAAUAUUUGAGGCGGAAUGUCGAUGCCCAGUCUAUCAUUCGUGCUAUCUCAAGGUCAUUAACGAAAUCUCAGACGGCAACAGUAUUGUAGACAUGGCAACAGCCGAAAAACGCUACAUCUGCAAGUCGAAGAAGACGCUAGAUGCAGAAAAGAAGAAAAAUGACGAGGCGGCAAAUGUCGCCGCUUCCGGUUGAGAGCCCAUCUACUUAAAAGCAGAGAGAUGCAUAUUUUUUGUUGAAAUUUAUUGGAAUAAAAUUCAUUGAAUAU